GUGUGUAUAUAAGGUGGGCGGGGGGCCUGGUUGGGCAUCAGGUCUCUUCGGUCGCCAACCAUGCGCCUGCUACCUCUGAUCCUGCUGUUCUGCGUGGCGGUCCUCGCCGUCGAAGGCGGCCAUAAGAAGGGCCACUGCGGCAAGGGGGGUGGUGUUUGGUGCCCCAGAGGCCGGGCCUGCCGCCCCUGUGGCUACAGCAGGUGCUGCAGGCCCAUAAUCCUGGUGUGCGGCAAGGGCGGCUCGUGGUGCCGUUCCGGUUACUCCUGCCAGAGAUGCGGACGUCACCGCUGCUGCAGGCCCAUCAAUCGCUGCAGACGUAUCAAUCAGAAAUGCGGUAAACGCCGCCGUUGUCGGCCAUGCGGAUCGCGCGGUCUCUGCUGCCGGCGCUGGGUCUCGCUGACUCAAUGCAGAUGGAGUUGCAAGAGGAGGGGGUACUACUGCACCAAGUACAGGUGCAGCAGUGGUUACUGCUGCCGCAAGCGCUGCUACAAGAAACACUGCAGGGGACGCUAACUGCUGUUUACACCAAAUGCACCCGACAAAAGCAACAGAUCGGCAGACGUGGAGCUUGCAGCAACGACACAUUCGGGCAUAUGCGUUUCGGUCUGGAUUUUUCCGAAAAGCUCGUCGUAGCUGCUGCUGAAUAAACCUGUUAUCACCAAU